AUGAGAGAGGGAGCAAUACCCUUUCUCACUUCUGAACAUAAGGCAAACAAGAACAUUGGAAUGGGUCAUCUACUACAUGGGAGAAACAUGGAUUUUGGAAUAUUUCUUGGGUGGAACACAAAUAAUAAUACCUGGGUCGUAACUGAGGAACUAAAACCUUUAACAGUGAACUUGGACUUCCAAAGAAACAAUAAAACUGUCUUCAAGGCUUCAAGCUUUGCUGGCUAUGUGGGCAUGUUAACAGGAUUCAAACCAGGACUGUUUAGUCUGACACUAAAUGAACGCUUCAGUAUAAAUGGUGGUUAUCUGGGUGUCCUAGAAUGGAUUAUGGGAAAGAAAGAUGCCAUGUGGAUAGGGUUUAUCACUAGAUCAGUUCUGGAAAAUAGUACUAGUUAUGAAGAAGCCAAGAAUAUAUUGACCAAGACCAAGAUACUGGCCCCAGCGUACUUUAUCCUGGGAGGCAACCAGUCUGGGGAAGGUUGUGUGAUUACACGAGACAGAAAAAAAUCUUUGGAUGUAUAUGAACUUGAUCCUAAGCAGGGUCGAUGGUAUGUGGUAGAAACAAAUUACGACCGUUGGAAAAACCCCUUCUUCCUUGAUGACCGAAGGACAGCUGCACAGAUGUGUCUAAACCGCAUAACCCGAGAGAAUAUCUCAUUUGCAACCCUAUAUGAUGUCCUGUCAACAAAACCUGUCCUCAACAAGCUGACUGCAUUCACAACGUUGAUAGAUGUCACCAAAGGUCAGUAUGAAGCUUACCUGCGGGACUGCCCAGACCCUUGCAUAGGUUGGUGAGCACACGCCUGGCCCGCAGAGCGCGCCGCUGAGACGCGAAGACUCGACUGCAGACGUGGCUACUAGUGCAGCCGUCGGAGCUUCCCCAGACUCAGACUCAGGACAGGUUCUGUGUGUCUUGAGCUUGUCCUCCAUGUGUUUCCAGUUUACAGACUGUUUUUGCCCUAACAGGUGAUUUUUCUUAUUUACAGGUAACUUCUUAAAGUGAAGUAAAACAAUCAUCUAGAAUUUUCUUAGUUUCAUUUCACUUUGACAUUUAGGGAUGGGAAUGGGCAAUUAAACCACGUGGGAUCCACCUCCAUGUAACAAAUCAAGAUUCUCUGUGGGUGUUUAAUCCAGUGUGUCUGUGUGAGUACUGUAAAAGCAAAUGUCCACGCUAUUCAGUUUUUCAUUUUUAUCUACAUAUUUGUAUGUUUUUCUAUAUAGCAGUCUUUUCCUCUGGUUCUAACUACUACUAAAAUUAAUAUACCGUUGUUGUCUUUGCUGUUAAUGACAAUAUAAUUUCACUACACGUGAUCAGGGGGAUGAGACAGACAUUCAACUGUGUAUUUCUUUUAAUGGGCAAUAAAUGGUCCUUUGACUCUGUAAAUAGUACUUUUUGGGGUUCAUGAAGUGAGCAGUAUGCAAGGUGGUCUUUUAUACAAAGAAAUGAAGUGUUCCUUUUUUCGUAAUUUCUCUACCUCCCAUUAGCCCCAGGAAGUUGCUAACUUCAAAAACUGAAUUCCCAGGUUCUGUGAGUUAGAAAAUAAACAUGUCAAAGACUUGUGCAAAGU